GACGAACUCUCGCGAUAGUUGCGGCAGCUGAGAUCCUAGGAGCAGAGCAGGAAAACUUGACAUGUCAACAAAACAGAUAAAUUAUCACCACACAGGCAUGUAAGGUGUGUGCUGGUGUGGAAUAAGCCUUGAACGGGGUCACCUCACCUGGACCUUCACCUACAUCUCCUCCACCAGCAUCUUCACCUUCAGUUUCCAUGACAACCCCUCCGCUUGUGUCGCCUUUUGGUGGGCAGCCUCCGCCGCCGCAGCAGCAGCAGCAGCAGCAGGCCCAGGCAGCACGGGAUGUGAACACGGCCUCGCUGUGCCGCAUCGGCCAGGAGACGGUCCAAGACAUUGUCCUCAGAACCAUGGAGAUCUUCCAGCUCCUCAGGAACAUGCAGCUGCCUAAUGGAGUCACUUACCACCCCAACACCCAUCAGGACAGGCUGGGAAAACUCCAGGAGCACCUACGGAUGCUUUCUGUGCUGUUCCGCAAGCUGCGCCUCGUCUACGACAAAUGCAAUGAAAACUGCGCUGGGAUGGACCCCAUACCUCCAGAGCAACUGAUACCCUUUGUGGAGGAUGACAGCUCAAAACACGAGGAUCGCUCGGCCGCCCAGAGCCGCCCUGCCACCGAGGAGAGGAGAGAAAUCCUGGAGGUCAACAAGAAGCUCAAGCAGAAGAACCAGCAGCUGAAGCAGAUUAUGGACCAGCUCCGCAACCUCAUCUGGGAGAUCAACUCCAUGCUGGCUGUCAGGAGCUGAGCCACACACGCUCGAAUAAAAAUUCAUAUAUAACACACACACACACACACUCAUACAUUUACUAUAAAUAAUGGAGAAGAAGAUACAGUCGGUAACUGGACAUGUGACAGGCUCCCACAGACGAGCAGAGGCUGCACUUUACAGAAGAAAUGGGGACUUUGGCAAUAUCAACCCCGUUUCCUGAAGAUGUGAAAUAAUAAAGGCAAAAAAGAGAGGAGACAAAUGAACACACCCACAGCUAGAGAGGUGAGGAGACACCCGAUAAAACACUGGGAGAGAGGGUGCCGGUGACAUCAGUGUGGACGAUGGCAGACAAUAUUCUGUCUACCUCAAUAUUCUACAAUCAGCAUUAUGACUAAAUUAAUCAGAAGAGUUGAUAUAUUAUGUUUUAUCUAUUUGUAGGUACUAGCUCAAUAGAGGGAUUAUGCCUGUAGAGACACAUUGAUAUAUUAUAUCUAAUCAUUUCAUUCUGUAUAUCUGUUACUUGUCGAUUUCAUAGUAUUAGAAGUGUGUUAAGUCCUAAAUUUGAAAGGUUUUUAUACGGCCCCUAAAAACUAAUAAGAAAGACAUACACUGUGGCACAAUUAUGAAUCUUAUUCUUACUAUAUUGAUCUGCUUUUUUAUUUGAUGUAAUAUGUAAACUCGUAAGUAUUCAGCUCUGAUUGGACAUGGUAUUACAAUACCUUGUGAAGGAUUCUGCUCAACUAUAAAUCUCGCUGUGAUUUUUAAAAAAAGUCAACGCAA